GCAGGAGCUGCUGACUGUGACUGGGGAGUGAAGAAGGUGAGCACAAAGGAAUAGCAGACUGAAACUGCCUCCAUUUCUUUUUCACUUUGCUGGGGCUAGUGGGAGGAGCUGCUGACUGUGACCGGGGAGUGAAGAAGGUGAGCACAAAGGAAAAGCAGACUGAAACUGACUUUUCGCAAGAGCCUUUGAGACCCCCGGAAGACUGCAAGGAAGCAGCGCUGCUGUCUCUCUUCUUCGCGGAAGCUGACGGAGCGGAGAAUUUUGGCGGAGUCGGACAGUUUUGAGGAUCCGGACGGGACCCGAACCAGGGCAGCGCAUAAGCGACUUGUUCUGAGCGGAUGGUUGCUGGUGGAGAGGGAGCCGUGGCUGGAGGGCGAUGCCGCUGUACCGGGUGUUCCUCUGGCUCUUGAGCGCUGUGCUGGUGUCCUUCUUGCCGGGCGGCCUUUGCGGCUUCUUCUUACACUCCCUGUCCUACUUCUACCUGCAACUGUCAGAGCCCAGCCAGGGGCUGCCUCAGUUCUUCAUUAGGAGCUACUUGGACGACCAGCCCAUCACCCGCUUUGACAGCCUCACCAGGAAGACGGAGCCUCUGGUGCCCUGGAUGGAGGAGGAGGAGGCGGAGAAGGAGGCCUUUCUGGGCCCUGAAUGGAUCUUCAGAGCUGGCCUGGAGAAGUUAUCAAAACUGAACCACCAGGCUGAAGGGCUUCACACCUGGCAGGCGGUUUUGGGCUGUGAGCUCAGGGAAGACGGGAGCAAAGGAGGGUUUUUGCACUAUGGCUACAAUGGGAUGGACUUCAUCAGCUUCGACAAGGAGACCCUCAGAUGGGUGACAGCUCAGCCCCAGGCCCAGAAGGUGAAGGAGAAGUGGGAGGAUGAUCCAGGAUGGUCUGAGAGAAACAAAUCCUUCCUGGAGAAGACCUGCAUUGAGGGGCUGCAGAGACAUCUGUCUUACAAGAACAAGACUCUGCAGAGGACAGAGCCCCCGGUUGGGCAGGUGACCAGCAAGGUAGUGGAUGACAGCCUAGAGGUCCUCAUCUGCCAGGCCUUUGGCUUCUACCCCAAGGAGAUCCAGGCCACUUGGACCAGGGACAGAGAGGUCUGCAAGUAUGGGACCCUCCCUAGGAACUUGGCCCCCAACUCAGACGGGACCUAUUAUGUCUGGCUCAGCAUUGAGAUCGACCCUAAGGAGAGGGACCGUUUUCAGUGUCACCUGGAGCACGAGGGCUUGCAGGAGCCCCUGGUCUUGGCUUUCCAGGAGGAAACCGGGUGGUGGACUCCUUGGGCAAUUGUGGCUGCCUCAAUCUUCGGAGGUGUGAUUCUCUUCCUGAUGAGCUGGUGGCGGAGAAGACGCAGAAAUAAUCGCUGUCAGGAAUUGGCAACCUGCCAUGAUCAGGCUCCUUCACAAAGAGUUCCUUCUUUCCCCGGGUACGGUACAGAAGUUGAGAUUCAAAGACCAUUGUUCCCGCAAACUAAAUUAACAUCAGAGACUUUGAACGGGCGGAGAAUUUCAAAGGAGCUCGGAGCGGGCGGGAGAGGAGCCGAGGGUGGAGACCGGGCGCUGUCAUUGGCGGAGCGAAGGUAUCUUCGGUUGCAGGUGCAAAGAAAACGCAACGCUAAGCGCCGCGUUCGGAUCCUUCGUGCUGGGGGCCCCGGAAGACCUCAAGGGAGCAGCGCGGUUUUUUCUUCCUGGAAGUUCAGCAGAGUCGGACUUCUUUGCGAAUCCGGACGGGACCAGCACCGGAGGCGCCGCCUCAGCGACUUGUCUUUAGAGAACGGCGGAUGGAGGGGGAUGAAGCUGCCCCGGGCGCCCCUCUUGCUCUUGGGAACUGUGCUGGGGUCCUUCGUGCCUGGGGCUUUGUGCGGCGCUCCCUCACACUCCCUGUGCUACUCCUACCUGCGACUCUCAGAGCCCAGCCAGAGGCUGCCCCAGUUGUUCAUUAGGAGCUACUUGGAUGACCAGCCCAUCGCUCGCUAUGACAGCCUCACUAGGAAGACGGAGCCUCUGGUGCCCUGGAUGGAGGAAGUGGAGAAGGAGACCUUUCUGCCCCUUGAGUGGGUCUUCAGGGCUGACCUGGAGAAGGUAUUAAAACUGGACCGCCAUGCUGGAGAGCCCCCGGUUGGGAAGGUGACCCGCAAGGUGGUGGAUGAAAGCCUGGAGGUCCUCAUCUGCCAGGCCUUUGGCUUCUACCCCAAGGAGAUCCAGGCCACCUGGACCAGGGAUGGAGAGGCCUGCGAGUACGAGACCCUCCCUAGGAACGUGGCCCCCAACUCAGAUGGGACCUAUUAUGUCUGGCUCAGCAUUGAGAUCGACCCCAAGGAGAGGGACCGUUUUCAGUGUCAUCUGAAGCACGAGGGCUUGCAGGAGCCCUUGGUCUUGGCCUGGAAAGAGGAAACAGCUACAGGGUGGCUGAUUCCUGUGGGAAUUGGGGCUGCUGUAAUAUUGGCAUUUGGGAUCGUCUUCCUGACAUGUAAGUGAAACAACUAUUUUU